UCAAACUUCGAAAAACUAUAAAAGCAUAUCUAAUUAAUCUAAAUCCCCAAAAAUAUAUCGUUCUGUAUUAUUCAUCUAUUUGCUCAACGACGACAACAACAAAAGGGAAACUGCUACAAUGGUGCAAGGAAAGUUUGUGUCCCUAAUGGUUGUGGUCACUAUUGCCAUUCUUCUUCAACUUGUCUCUGCCGAUGAAUGCGAGUUCCAAACUAAGCACUAUGCCAUCUCUGGAUUUGUUGGGUUUGGAACGGUGUUGGGAACCUUUCUCUUGAUUGGAAGUAUCUGCAAUGUGUCUGCGUACUGUGCUGGCCCAUCGUCGAAAAAGCCAUAAACAAAAGAAGGCAGAAAGAGGAAGGAAGAUAGGAUAGGAGAUGAUAAAUAUAU